AUGAUAAGAUAUGAUAAGAUUUUGUUUUCAUUUUGGUAUGAUGAUGUCAGUGGUUUAACAGUGAUUCCAGUAAAUAAAUGGUCUCAUGUGACAUUGAUUUAUGAUUUGAUAACAAACAAAAAAUUUAUUUAUCUUAAUGGUAGUUUAGAACAUGCUCAACAUUCGAAUGGAUCUCUUAGUGCAGACUGUGUCAAUCUAACUAUCGGCUGUCGGAAAAUGGGUAAGGGUGCGGCUUAUGACAAAUUCUUUACUGGAUAUAUUAAUCAAAUGUUAUACAAUUCUCGUGUAAAAAAUGCUAGCGAAAUUCUUAAUGAUGCUACACUUGUUACCUAUCAUCGAUUUCUUUCCAAUGCAUCAUUGAUAGAUUCUGGUCCUAAUUGCAUCAAUGGAAGUUGGGGUGGUGGUGCAGUGUCAAUUCCUUCAGGCAUUGUCAAUCAGGCUAUUGAUUUCCCGACGAAUGGUUCUUACUUUCAACUAUCUGGGCUUGUUCUUUUAGGUACAUCCAGUUGGCCUCUAUCUUUAUCUCUUUGGUUUAAAAUAAAUUCAUUAACUGAGACUAGUUCUAUUGUUUACCUUUCCAAUGCGAUUCAGUGCAUGGAAAUGAUUACCUUAUUAUAUAAUGGGACGAUUCAAAUUCAAAUCUUUAAUGGUACUAUGAAUAAUAUUAUUCUCGGUCCAGUGAUGCAUAUUGGUAUAUGGAAUCAUAUUAUUUAUACAUUUUCAACAGUACAUGGAAUGAAAUUGUAUGUUAAUGGAAGUCUAUAUAGAUCAAUUAUGACAACAUAUUCAACUAAUGAUUCUCCUGUAACACUUACUUUUGGAAAUUCAUUAUUCAAUACGAGUUGUGGAUAUCUCAAUCAACAAUUCUAUGGAAGUAUUGAUGAAGUUCGAUUAUAUUCACGUGAAUUAAAUGCAACAGAUAUUGUACAAUUAUAUACAUAUCCAUAA